ACACUGCGAGCGGGUGGAAGGGGAGAGAGAGAGUGCACGGGAACUUGUCUUCCCUCUUAACGUCGAUUGAAUUUUCACUUUCAUUUGCUGUGCCGGACCAAACAGCAACACGGGAAGAGUGUCAGACCAGAAUCGACUCCCCUUCCUUCUCCUGGAGUCCUCAUAGCUACUUUUUCCCCCUUUCCAGAAACUUCCAAUUGGGGGCCGAGAUGUCCAACAGUGUCUCCUGCAAACUGGUUGACUAUUUUGAUGAGUUGACAGAGGAGGAAUUCAAGAGAUUUAAGAUGCACCUCGAAGACUACCCACUGGAGGAAGGCUACAAGCCUAUUCGGCACUGCAAGACAGAGAAGGCUGACCCCAUUGAAAUAGCACGGCUAAUGGUGAGGGCAUACGAGGAGGCAAAGGCUUUGCAGAUGGCAGUAAACAUCUUUGAUAGAAUAAAUAAGAAGGAUUUGUCAGCAAAAGUCAGAAGAGAGAUGCCAGCAUAUUUUGUGCAGCCUACAAAAGUAAUGGCCUCGACCAAGGAAGAAAAAAGAAAACGGGAAGAAAGGAUAAAGUCAAAUCUUGUUGACAAGUUUUUGGGGACGCAAAAGAAAGUGGAAGUCACACUGGAUCCCAAGACAGCCUUCCCUACUCUCAUCCUUUCUGAUGAUCGGAAAAGUGUCUACCUGGGCAACCAAGCCCAGCAUCUUCCUGACAACCCCGAGCGCUUCAAUUUUUCACCCUGUGUCCUAGGAGCAGAAGGCAUCACCUCUGGGACUCUGGAAUGGGUAGUGGAGGUGGGCAAGGCCAAAGCAUGGGCCAUCGGUGCUGUCCGGGAAUCAGUUGAGAGAAAAUGGUACCAAUACAUCACAGUUACAAAGGGGUUUUGGGUACUGCAGCUGGUUGAGGGAGAAUAUGAGGCCUCUACCACCCCUGCCACCGUCCUUCCACUGUGGAAAUCACCACGACGGAUCAAGAUAAACCUGGAGUACGAUUUUGAAAUCCUCUCCUUUUAUGAUGCUGACUCCAUGGAGCGUAUCUUUACCUUCAACUAUCCUUUCUCUGAGAAGAUGUUUCCCUUUUUUCAGGUCUGGGACACAGAGAUCCCCCUAAAAAUCUGCCCUAGUGACUCAUAGAGGACCAUUUUAUAGGCUGCAGGUGCACCAUACGUUUAAAGCACAUAGUGCUUCCCCUCCCCUCCAAGAAUCCUGGGAACUGUACUUUACCCCUCACAGAGCUACCAUUGACAGCACUCUUGACAAACUACAGUUCCCAGGAUUCUUUGUGGGAUGUGCUUUGAAUGGAGGUAUGGUGGGUAUUCAGCCCAAGAUAACGUAGGCUGUAGUCCUAUACCAGGACUGACAAUAAAUCAUGAUUCAACCAAAACUUAAUUUGACCCAUUAAUUUGAGGAGAAAUGGCUUUGUAAAAUGUCUCCCAUACCACCCCCCCACAGUGUUUCCUCAGCAUGUUUACUUGGGAGUAAGUCCUAUUGAAUUCAGUGAGCCUCCUUAGCUUCUGAUUAGACACGAAUAGGGUUGCAUUGUUAAGUCCACCACUCCAAAGAAUGGCAUGGGAUGCCUUUUAAAUCUUUGAGUCUGCUUUCAAAUAAAAUGUAUUGCAGAGUUUGCAAUACAUUUUUCGAAAAAGAACAUGAAAAAAUGAAAUCCAGAUGUGUAAACUAUUUUUUGUAGUAGUUCAGGUUUAAAAAUAGGAUUAAAUAGAACAGCACUGUGACUUUAUAUUUUAACAAGUCUGCUUCAAUCACUGUCUGCUCUUCGAAGGGAUAUUUGACACUGCACCUUGUGAUGUUCCUAUAUAUUAGUGUAUAUAUGAUAAGUGCUGGUUGUUUAGAGUAUACAUAGUAAGUAGUGAAAGAGGAGGGGGAGUGAAUAGGCAAUAGAAUGCUUGAUGAUUGGCUGAAUGUUUAAAAUGGCUGACAGUAUAAAUGAAAGGAUGACAGGUAAAUCUGGGUGAAUGUGAGGUGGUGAAUUGUGGAAUCUGGGGGGAGAAGAGAAAGAGUGGAUUGCUUGGUGGGGUUUGAGAGAGUUGUUUGCCAGGAGAGCGUGAAGAAGGAGGGAGGUGGAGUUCAGAUUAGGAUUGAGUAAAACCAUAUGCUUAUGUGCCUUAAGAAGAAAUCUUGUUAAUCUUGUUAGCUUUGUUAUCUGUAAUAAAUACUUAAUUUGGUUUACCA